GGAGGGCACCAUUUCCGCUCUGCCCUACACAUUUGAAUACCUCGUGUUACUUUAGUACAGAGGAAGGUCAAGCUUUAAGUGUUACAAUUAUGUCGGAUUUCAGUGACUUUUCAUCUUCGAGCAUAUCAGAGAAAGCUGAGGCGUCGGAGCUGCAGAGGUUGAUCGCCAUCGAACAACAAAAGGCACAGUUUCAGGCACAGGUUCAUAAUUUCACAGAUGUAUGCUGGGAUAAGUGUGUGGAUAAGCCCAGCUCUAAACUGGACUCUAGGACUGAAGGCUGUCUCACCAGUUGUGUGGAAAGGUUUAUUGACACAACCUUGACUAUUACUAACCGUUUUACCCAGAUGAUACAGAAGGGGACGCAUUGACGCUGGUCUUUUGUGUGUGGACUGCUGCAGUUCUGCUGUUAUCCAUUCUGCAAAUGAUGAUGAUAAUUACAACAUAUGACUUCAUAUUCAGUGUUCUUUCUUUGCUUUAGUCAUUCGUGAAAAAGGAUGUUGACAGACUAUAUUUGGGGUCAAAAUGCUUAUUUAACACAAUUUUCAGUUUCAUAAUGGACACAUUUUAUAAAUAAACAUUCAUAUGGGAUUUUAUUGGUAAAUGAAUACAGUUCCUGGAAAUGUAAUUAUAAAAAUAGUAAAUAUUAGCAAAUGAUCUUAUUAAUGUGCACUCUGUAAUAAAUGCAGCACCAGUAAAUCCAUAAAGUUGUU